AUGGGGGCGGAUGACAGCAACUGGGAUAGGGGCCUGGUUCUCGGUCUGGGGUAUGAAGCAUGGGCUACCUCCCCGCCGGCCGCCGACAGCUACCGGAAGCGAGACAGCGGCGUCAAGCUGGAGGUUAGAGAGUCUGUAGCAUGGCAGAUGGCGGCUGAGCCGUCGCUUACGUUGAGCCUCUCGGAUGGUUCAUACCAGCGGAUGACGGCCACCCUAGAGCCGAGGUCGGCCCGGCAGUCUCCUCCCCUCAGCGUCGUCUCGUCCUUCUCCAACGCGUUCCCUUCGUCAAGCAUCAAGAAGGAGAAGGAUGCAGUGAGCGAGGAGGAAGAGGCCGAGCGGGUCUCCUCGCGGGUCAGCGAUGAGGAGGAGGGCAGCGCCAGGAAGAAGCUUAGACUCACUAAGGAACAGUCCACCCUCUUGGAGGAAAGGUUCAAGGAGCACAGCACCCUCAAUCCGGUAGGAUUCAAACCUUCCUCUCUCCCUGUAUCUUUGCGGAUUCAGUGGACCUUUUCUUUCCUCUCUGUGGAAAAAAUCUCUUAUUGAUACAACCCUAUCUCCUCUUCAUCAGAAGCAAAAGCAGGCCUUGGCGAAGCAAUUGAAUCUGCGGCCGCGCCAAGUCGAAGUCUGGUUUCAGAACCGGAGAGCAAGGUACCCUCAUCUAAGUCGAAUACCUAAUUCACCAGUUCUGGCCUUUAUUUACUUUUCAAGCGAUUUAGACCCUCUUCUCUUCCCAUGUCGAUCAUCCCUCUUCUCUUUCCAUGAAUGGAAUUGUAAAAAUGUUCUAAUCUGCUCUCGCCCAUGGCAGAACCAAGCUGAAGCAGACGGAGGUGGACUGUGAGUUCCUCAAGAGGUGCUGCGAGAGCCUGACAGACGAGAACCGAAGGCUGCAGAAGGAGCUGCAAGAACUCAAGGCCCUCAAGCUCGCCCCGCCACUCUACAUGCACCUUCCCACCACCACGCUCACUAUGUGCCCCUCGUGCGAGAGGAUCACCGCCACAUCAGCCGACGCCGCAAAGGGACCCGUCUCCGCCGCCGGUCAUUUCGUGAUGGCGCCAAAGGGCCACUUCUACAACACCUUCACAGCAGCCCACCCGCCAUCGGCAGCCUGCUGA